GCCGCCAUCAGUUCGCUCUCGCCACCAACACCACCGCCAUUUCCACUCGCUCGAGAGCACCAGAUUAGCGGAGGAGAUAGGGGUCCGCGACUCGCGAGGGAGAGGAAAGCAAGCGGAGUUGAGGAUGCAGAUCUUCGUGAAGACGCUGACGGGGAAGACCAUCACCCUCGAGGUGGAGAACAGCGACGCCGUCGCCAACGUCAAGGCCAAGAUCCAGGACAAGGAAGGUAUCCCGCCGGACCAGCAGCGCCUCAUCUUCGCCGGGAAGCAGCUGGAGGAUGGCCGCACGCUGGCCGACUACAACAUCCAGAAGGAGUCCACGCUUCACCUGGUGCUUCGCCUACGCGGCGGCCACAUCUGGAUCGAGCCCUCGCUCAGGGUCCUCGCCUACAAGCACAACAUCAACAAGAUGGUCUGCAGGAAGUGCUAUGCAACUCUGCCUCCCAGGGCUACAAACUGCCGCAAGAAGAAGUGUGGCCACAGCAAUCAGCUGAGGCCAAAGAAGGUGAGGUGGUGCAGGUACUUCAACUUCUGAAGAGUCAUCUCAUCCAUCAUUCCAUCAGUAUCAUCAGAGUCACCAGCGUUCAAGCGUUAUCAAAGCUAAAGUUCCUACUGGAUGCCGAAUCUAGACUAUUACUUUGACUACUUGUUACUGCCUUGAGUAAUAAGCACUUGUUACCUAGUACUUUAUGUGCUAGCUGUUUCUUUUUCAGCCAUGUCAAGUUUGCUGGAUGUUGAAUCUUGACUAAACCUUUUGGGGACGGUUAAUAGCAAGCAUGCAUAGUAGGUGGAAGUAACAUGGAGGCAUAACCAUCCCUUAAUUUCCAUAUUUUUUUUGCAA